AUGGACACAAGACAAUUUGAAGCAAUACCAGUUUAAUAAAGAAAUACUGUAAAAUAAUAGGAAGUAAGAAUAUAUAUAUGAUAAAAGGACCUUUAUAUAUCAUUGCCUGAUUUAUAUAUUAAAAAAUAUGUAAUAUCUGAAAAAUUAUGUUAAUUGAAAAAACCAUACAUUCCAAAAGUAAAUAUGCAUGAUCAUACAAAUUAAGAGGUAUAAUUGAUAAAUAUUUUAUAGAUUUUAAGAGUACCAAAGAUUUGGUAAUAAGUAAUGAAUGAUGUUCAAUUGAAGGCACUUGAUUUUUCAGAGAGAAAGAAAUGGAAAGUAAAAGAAUGAUUUCAAUAUAUAUAUAGAUAGCUGUGAAUUAUUAAUUGGCAUAGGAAGCAAAAGCUACUCAUUAAAUGUUAUAAAAAGAGAGGGAAGAAAUAGAGUAAUUUGGUAUUUGUAUUUCUUAUUCAUUAUGUUAAAUGGUAUAGAAAGCAUUCAAUUAAAUGGGUAAUCAUAAUAUAAAUAUAAAAUUAGAUAUUGAAGAACCAAAUCAAAAGCCAAUAUAAAAAUAUUUAAGAACAAUUAAGAUUGAAAAUUAAGAAUUAGAUGAAUAGAGAUAUUAAGAUGCACUUCAAAAAGUGAAGAGAUACUUAUCAACAAAUAGAGAUGUUUAUGUAUCUUUGGAAUCAUUGUUUCCAGAUAUGUAAUAGACAUAUUCAGAAUCAAAUACUCAUGAUAUUCAUUCUAAUGAUAAAAGAAAGAUAAAAUAAACAGUUGAAUUUGAUUUUAAGAAGAAAUAUGAGAAUCUUUAAGAAGCUUUACAAUUAUUUGUGAAUAAAGAUAUUCCAUUAAAAGAAUCUUUUGAAAAGAGUAUGAUGAGUAUAGAGAGUUUUCCUACUUCUUUGGAAAUGAUAUUCAAAUACAAAGCAACACCAUAUUAUCAAGAACCUUGUUUGGAUCCAGAAUAUGAAGAAUUAUUAUUUAGAAUUGGAUGUACUCCAGAAUAAGUUUUAAAUGAUGGAGAAAAAAUGAUGAAAAAGUAUUAAAUUAUAUAAAUUUUAGAAUGAAGAUCUUUUCAAAUAAUUAGGUUGUUGAAUAAUAAUUACCUCCUUAAUUGGAACUUAAAGAUCUUUUUAGAUAUAAAUUCAAUUAUAUUGAAAGGGAUUGUCAUUUUAUUUAAUAAAAUGGAAAAUUUGUACCUUUAGAUGCAGAAAGAUUUAAUUCACAUGCAUAAUAAAUAACAAAAUCAAAUGAUUUAGUCAAACAAUAUUUUAUAUAGUAAGAACUUAUUAUAUAUAAAUUAAUAGUUAUUAUCAAAAAUUUUAGGGAGAUUUUAAUUAAGUUAGUUAAGCACUUUCAUCAAACACUGUAACAGCUAAUUUAUAUUUAUAUACUCCAAAUUUUUGUGCUGAUCUCUAUGCUUGGCUUAUAUUUAAUAAGAGUAUUCAAUCUAAUUCUAAAUUUAUUUUGCCUCAAUAAUAUUAAAAAAAAUGCGAAUCUAUUAAAUAUAUAAAAAAACCUUAAUAAUAAUAAAAUUAAUAUACUAAUAUUCUAAAUGAUUAUGAAUCACUUAUUUAGAAGAAACUACCUCCAAAAAUAUAACAUUUAAGACCUCUUCCUUAAAAUCCAUUUAAAUAAUAUACAAAACCUAUAUUCAAAGAAUUACUUUCUAAAAUCAAAUUUGAUGAUCCAAUCUAAAUUAAAACCUCUGGAUAAGCUGAUUAUUCAAUGGUAGAAAGAUUAUCAUUUUCUAAUUUGAAAGAGUUGGUCAAAUCUGCAAAUUUUUCCAAAGGACAUAUUGAAAAGAGAUAUAAAAAUAUUUAUGAUAUAGCUAGAUAAGAUUGCUAUCCUAUUGAAUAAAUAAAAAAAGAAUUUGUAUAUUAUUCAUAUAUAUUAUUAUUAGAGGAAAAAUUACAAAUAAUAAUAAAUGGCAGGAUAAAGAAUAUUAGGUAAUAAAUACAACUAAAACUCCAGUACUGGAUUACCUAUUAAUAUAUUCUAACAAAAAACAUCAACUAUUGAAAAUUUGAGUAGUUCUUAAACUAUUGUAUUACCACCAUAAUAAGCUCCUCCAUAAUAACUGAUGACUACUUAAAUCUAACAACAAUAAUAAUAACUACCUUAAAUUGCUUAACUUCCACCAGUUACUUAAACAUAUAAUCCACCUGCUUCAUCAAGACCACGUAAAAUAAAACCAGAAGUUACAACUCAACCUCCUUAAUAAACUCCUCUUGUUGUUUAAUAAGCUCCUCCAACUGUUUAAUAACCUCCAUCUGCAAAGAAAAACAGCAGAAAAAAAGAUGAUUCAGUAGCUUAAUCAAUUUAAGUAACUACUCCUGCUAAUAUUGAACCAUAAGAACCACCUAAAUAAUCCAAAAGAACUAAAAAAUAAACUAAAGCCAAUGAUAAAAAUAAAUAAUAACAACCAGAAGAUCGUAAAGAUGAUAGUGUUUGA